UUAAAAAAAAGAACCACCAUCUAAAAAAAAAAUUUCAUCUGAAAAAAAAAGAAAAGAAAAUUGAUCUUCAUAGAUUACUUAUAUGAACACGCACGAAUUUUCGUGCGUAUCUUAGCUUGUGGUGUAUAAUGUAAUUUUCAGGUAUCAAAUCAAACCUUUCACUGUACUCUUCUUUCUAGGGUUUCUUCCCUCCUUUUUUUUUUUUUUUUUUUUUCCAUCAAACCCAAAAUUUCUUCACCAAAACCCUAGAAAUCGAAAUUCUCUGAACAUAAAAAAUGGUGGAUUUUGCUAGAGUUCAGAAAGAGCUUCAAGAAUGCAAUAAAGAUGUCAAUUCUUCUGGCGUUAGCGUGAAGCCAAAAGCUGAUUCUCUCUCUCAUCUCAUUGGUACUAUUCCUGGUCCUGUUGAUUCUCCUUACGAAGGUGGUACCUUCUUAAUCGACGUCGUUUUACCUGAUGGAUACCCUUUUGAGCCACCCAAGAUGAAAUUCCUGACAAAAGUUUGGCAUCCUAAUAUUAGCAGUCAGAGUGGGGCUAUCUGCUUGGAUAUCUUGAAAGACCAAUGGAGUCCUGCUCUAACUUUAAAGACAGCACUUGUCUCCAUACAAGCAUUACUUUCUGCACCAGAGCCAGAUGAUCCUCAGGAUGCUGUUGUUGCUCAACAGUACCUUCGGGAUUACCAGACCUUCGUAGGCACUGCUCGUUAUUGGACUGAAGCUUUUGCCAAGACAUCUUCCCAUGGGAUUGAGGAGAAGGUACAGAGGCUAGCUGAAAUGGGCUUUCCUGAAGCAUUGGUGAGGAGUACUUUGGAAGUUGUUGGUGGGGAUGAAACUCUUGCCCUUGAAAAGCUUUGCGCGAGCUAGUAUCAUUGCUGAAUUCUCUUUUUGCUGCAAAAACACUGUUUGAAGAUACGUUGGUUCAACUUACAAGCUUUCACAAAGUCUCCAGAGGUCUAUUAUGGACUUUUUACCAAGUUACCAAAAGAUUGCUCAGAGGUUAUCACUUGAAGAUUGAAAAAUACAUCAGUUGAAGAUAUUGAUUGUUCUGGUUUCUUCUUAUUUGCACGAUGAGAAGUGCAACCUUGAAGCUAGAGAGGUUUACCCACCUUCCAUUUUCUUGUUUCUAAUGUAGAUUUAGUUGCUACUAUCAUCCGUAUGAGCAUUCUGACUAAAUUUUUAUGUCGUAGAAUUUUUGAGUUUGUGUGGAAAAUAUGCUAUCGUGGUGUUCAAAAUUU